AUGGUCAAGAAGGAAAUUGAGGUGAAAACAAAAGAAUUAACAGUUGCAACAACAGUUGAAGAUGAAGAAAGUAAAAGAAAUACUGGAGCAAAAAAGAAAUUAAAUCUUGGGAAACGACCAUCAAUUGGUGGAGGAACAAAACAAGAAAAAACACUAGUGAAAGAUCAAAGUCAGAGAUCAAAAUUAAUUGGAAUCAGUGAUCGAUUAGAAGAUAUUCGAGAAAGAUCGCAAGCUUCUUCGAUUGGUUUGGAUCCGGGAAAAACUCUUCGAGAUGAUUUUAAAAUUAUCGACGAAUUAGUUAGUUCUCUUAAUUGUUUUCAUGGUUAUAUUUGCCGAGAAGAUGUUCAAUCAUUAUUGAAGAAAUUUGGAGAUUAUUUGAUUCGAAUAACAUGCCACGUAUCACCUACAAGUAUUAGAACUAAAAAGAGUAAUGUGAGAGGAACAGAUAAGAAAAAGAGGACACCAAGUAGUUCACGUGCAACUGAUAAAAGUAUGAAACAAGAUAUUCUUUUAUCGACGCAAGAUUUUGUGAUUGCAGUUUAUGGAAGUGAGUUUGAAAUAUGGACCACAGUGUGUGGUGACACUCUGCUCCCAAUAAGCAAACUGUUUUUUUCAGAACUCAAAGAUCCGAAAUCAAAGAAAAAAUCAGUGAUUCUAAACGUUAUGAUCCGCCGAACUAUUGAUGGUCUCAUCUACAUUGAUCCACAAAAACCAUUCAAAGAUAUCAAAGAUCUUCUCGAUUUUUAUUCCAAAAACACUGGAAUCAAUAAAGGGGUCUGUUUGUUUUUUUUUCUUCAAAAAACUUAUUAAAUUUUAUAUAACGCUUUAUUUUUUCAGUAUGAAUUCCAACUUUUGAAGCCGAUUGAAUUAAGCAAUUGGGAAUAUAAACAGAAAGAUAUUGGGAUCUCGGAUAAGAAAUUGGGAGAAGGAGCAUUUGGAGAGGUUCGUGUUGGAAAAAUCAAAUUGAAAAAUUCUGAGAAAACGAUGAAUGUGGCGGUGAAGAUGUUGAAGAAUUCGGAUUGUAUUUCAAGAGAACAAGUUGUUGAAUUACUUCAUGAAGGAAGAGUUAUGCGAUAUUUGGAUCAUAAGGUAGGUUAUAAUAGGAGGUGAAAUAUUUUUCACUAAAAGCUUUGAUGGAAGGCGAAAUAAUCGUUUUCAAAAUGCAUUCAAUAAUUUGCAGAAUGUUCUUCGUUCAUAUGGAAUGGCUGUUAUUCGUCAACCACUUUAUCUAAUGUCUGAAAUUUGUGAAUACGGUGCACUUCGUGAAUAUCUUCGAGAAAAUUCGAAAACAACAACUGACGCAGAAAGAAUUCAAUUUUGUCUCGGAUCAGCAAAAGGUGUCGAAUAUUUGCAUUCUCAAAGAUUGAUUCAUCGCGAUCUGGCAACCAGAAAUGUUCUACUCACCGAAGAAAAGAUUCCAAAAAUUUCGGAUUUUGGUUUGGCAAAAGUGACAGAUCGAUAUGAAAUGAAAGAACAAUGCAAAACACCAGUUCGUUAUCUUGCUCCAGAAACACUUGAGAAUUAUAUCUUCACAUCGAAAUCCGAUGUUUUUUCAUUUGGUAUGGUUAUUUGGGAGAUUUAUGAAAAUGGACAACAACCGCAUGAUGGAAAAAAUGCACAAACAAUUCGAGAUUUGACGAAAAAACAACAAUUUUUGAAAUUGAAUGAGAAAGCGCCAAAUGAAUUGCGAAAACUUGUCAGUGAUAAAAUAUUUGUGCCAGAUCCGGAGAAUCGAUGCAAUAUGAGUACUGUAGUUCAGACAAUUGAAAAACUGGUAAAAUAGUGGAAUAAAGUGAUUUAUGAAAAUAUGAACUUGUUGAAUUGAAUUUUAUUUGUUUUCGAAACCGGGAGAGUCCCGGAGUCAGAAUUUCGGUAUUCCAAUUCAGAAUUUAAAAUUUAGUUUGCAAUUUUCACGAUUGAAAACGACGAGCCGAGGUGUUGAAUUAUUCGUAAACAAAUAUCUGAAUUCUGAAAUUCUGAAAAUUAAAUCUAAAACUCAUUUUUCCUCUUCCUUUAUUCAUUUUUUUUCAUUCAAAACCAUUUCCAUCAAGUUUUGUUGCUUUGUUUUUUUUUGCAACCACAAUCUUCACUUUCUUCUCGUGUUCUUCAUCUUCAUAUUUUUUUGCUGACCACACGUCUGCGUCUCUUCUUCUCCCAUUAUCUCUUAUUUAUUUUGCCGGUGCUGCCUUGUACUACAUUUUCUUUGGUGUCUCUCGAUUUCAACAUACUCUCUAAUGGGUCAGAGAACAAGAGAAAGCAGCAAAAAAUGGAACAUUUCCCCCGGUUUUUUUUUUGGAUUUUUUUGUUUCGUGAGAAAAUGUGUGACUUUUUGAAAAGUUGUUGAAAUUUUUUGAAAAAGUGGAUUUUUUUCAUUUGGAAUAUAGUGACAAAAAAGUUUCUUAUUUCACAAAUAUUAAAUUUUUGAGCUGAAUAAGAUUUGAAUUUUAAGCUUCACUUACAAAUUUGUAUUUAUUUAAUCUACCUUAUUCAUUUACCAGAAAGUUUCUCGCAUUUUUUUGAUUUGAAACUCACAGGUGUCAGCGUGAUUUCCAUAUUUUUUCUAAAAUCUAUGUUUUCUAGUAGAUGUCGAUCACGAUCCCGUGGUCAAAAACUGUUGAACUCAACCCUGAGUUUGAGUUCCAAAAACUUUUGUGUCCACUUAGAUCAGCAUCAAACAAACCUAUGACACCUACAGUAAUCCACACAUUUUUCCCGCCAUAAACAAUAGCACCUGGCAAAAUUCCAAUGACAGUUCUUUGUUGUCUAUUUCUCCUUUGCUCUCUGUACACUAUUUUAUCGUUUAUCGAAACUCCGCCCACUUUUUUGCACAUAAACAAAAUGAGCCAACAAAUGGUAGUUAGUUGAGUAAGACGAUCUAUUUAUUUUCUCGUUUUUUUCUCUCCGAGACUUUUUUGUGUUAAUAUGUACAAAUGUUCUCUUUUUCUUGCUUGUUUUCAAUUAUUGUUAGGUCACAGAUUGAUUUUGAGGCACGUCUUUGCUUAACAACUAGGUUUUCUAGGUCUGGAUACUUGAAAUCGAAGCUGUCAAGGCUCGGCUUCUUGUUAGAUUUGGAGUCUCGAUGCAUAUCCUAGACAGUUAGUUCUUUCAGCCGUCAGAACUAGACUAUUCAAAUGCUGAUCCUUGUCAAAAAUACCUUACCAUCCUUAAUCACUAGGUCUUUACAGUAGAUUAAAAGUGUUUUCUCUAAAUCUCUUACGUUGAGUAAAAGGAGUUUACUGGAAAAGAUGACUCAUGUUAUAAACAUACAUGAAAUGGGUCCCCUGAAUCGGGGUGAGGGGCUUAACUUUUUCAAAAAUCUGAAGAGAAGGGUGCCUAACUUGGCCAAUUUUCUGCUGAUAAUUUACCAAAAUUCGCUCAAAAAUGUGAGGCAGGUGUUUAACUUUGGAAAAUUUUCAAGGAGGGACCCUAACUUUAAAAACUGACUCGGGGACCUAUUUUAUGUGUGGUUAUAAACAAUCUUUUCUCGUUCGUUUCACAUGACUUUCUUAUGAACCAAAAGUACAGUUUCCUAACACAUGUUGUUUUCACCACCAGAAUUUCUCACAUGAUUUUUCCUCACUCACUCUAGGUUUUGCUUUGCUUUGAAAUACAAAACAAAUAAUCAGCUGAUUUUAUUUCGUAACUCUUUUCUCAUCCUAUUUUUCAAGCAAAAAUUCAACUUUUUUUUUUGCAGAUGCCAACAUUUAAUCCUUUCACGACAACGAAUGAAAAAAUGAACAAAAACGAACAACAACUUUGGAUUUCUGCAACUUCUUCUCGAACAUAUUCCGAUGAUAGUCUAUCAUCUCGAAGACACACGUCGAAUGGAUUCAUUGCCAGCUUUUUUGAUGUGAGUUGUUUUCAAAAUUCAAUUUUUUUUAAUCAUUAGGGUAGGAAUAAACUGACGACACUCAAUGCAAUAGUAAGAGAUUUAGAGAUAAAUAUUUUUGAUCUACCAGAAACCAUAAUCUGGCACACCUAAAAUUAGGGAUUUUCGAAAUGUACUUGUAAUCUAUUUUUCUCUAAGUCUCCUCAGUCUUGUCUAAUUUCCUAAAUUUCUGAUUUUUUUAAAUCUCAUCUCAUCUCAGCUUCAUCUAGUUUAAUUAUAUGUGCUCAAUUUUUUCUAAAAGUGCAUAGUAGUAGUAUCAAUAUCAUAUAUAUUUCUAUUUAAAGUGCAUAGGUUUGUUGCUGCUGGCCGUCAGCAGCAAAAUCAAUCAGUCUCUCCAUUUUUUUCCUGUCGGUUUCAUUCGUUUCUGCCGCUUCUUUCGCUGCCAUCGUCCAGUUGUUUUUUUUUUCGGUGUCUGGGUCUCUUCACAUUUUGUUCCCAAACUCCUCUAUUUUCAUUUGUUUCUUCUUCUCCAUUUCACUUUCAUAAAUAUAGUUUUAUUUGGUUGUUUCCUGGAAACAUUUUCCCUAACUUCUGUCUUUUUUUCAGUCCAAAACGAGUCAAUAUGUGAAAUUGAUUGUCUUGUGCAUUUUGGCCGUUGUCCAUUUGGUUUACAUGAAUGAUUAUAUCGAAAAAUUUGCAGCUUUUGAUGAGAUGAACACUUUGGUAUGUUUAUUUUUAAAAAUUUAUUGGAAUUUUACAGUCUCUUUUUAUUCCAGGUUGAGAUUUCGGAAGUGAACAACGGACAAAAUGCAGCUGAUAUUCAAACAAUCCGAUACACAAUGAAUGCAUUUAUUGAUUAUAAGAAAAAUCUUUGGAUGACAGUUGGAUCAAUGUGUGCUUCACUUGCAACCACUGCUUCAAUUCUUAUGAUUUCUACAAACGGCAAUCACACAUUGGUCAAUAAACCAACAAUGAUUUUGGUAAGAUUUACCCCACUAUUUCUGUCUAACUCAUUUAAUUUUUCAGAUUCGAAUUUUCGAUCUUAUCUCAUUCGCCUUCAUUGGUUGCUUAUUAUUCGCCCGUGUUUCAUCUGCUGUAAUUAUCCAUCAAACAACUCAACACGCAUUAAAAAGUGCCGAUCGACUUGUUUCACUUAAUGAUUUAAUUAAUCAAUUAAGUUGUUCAAUCUCUCCACGUGAUCAACUGCCAUUGUGUUCUCAUCUCUUCAUUGCCUCAAUUUUCCCCGUCAAACUUAUCGAAUAUCUUAUCAUUCUUUGUCUUCUAACUGGUGCUUACAUCGGCUUGGCAUAUUUGAUUCAAUGGUGUAUUCGCCAUUUUUUCCCACCAACUUCAAGACAACAAAUUCACGAUGAUUCAUCGGACUCACAACUUGUGGAUCAAAAACUUCUUCUCGCCUAA